AUGAAGUUCUCCAACGCUGUUGUCUUGGCUGUCGCCACUGGUACCUACGCCCAGAUCAGCACCAUCAAGUCUGUCCUCACGUCUGUCGGAGGUGCCAUUGAUAAUCUUGACGCCGCUGCCAAGGGUUUCAAUGGAGAUGUUGAUAGCGUCAAGUCCAAGGGUGACGCUCUCAACUCUGCCAUCAAGAACGGCAAGAGCAAGGUUGAUGGCUCCAGCGACCUCACCCUCACCGACGCUCUGGGCUUGACCGACCCCGUCCAGGCCUUGACCAAGAAGGGUCAGAACCUGGCCGACGAUUUCAAGGCCAAACGCUCUGACGUCGAGAAGGCUGGCGCUUGCGACACCGUCCGCUCUGAGCUCGAUGACAUCAACAGCAACUCCAAGGCUCUCAUCAAGGCGGUUGUUAGCAAGGUCCCCCAGGAUGCCCAGAGCAUUGCCCAGCAGCUCGCCGACGGACUGACUAAGGUCCUAAACCAGGCUCAGGACGACUUCUCCGAGUCCAACUGCAAGAACUCUGGCGGCUCUGGCGGCUCCGGUACCAAGACUGGCGGCGCUUCGCAGACCUCUGCUGCCGCGUCCACAACUGCUGCCCCAACUGGUGGACAGACCUCUGCCCCUGCCACCACUCUGGCUCCCACCUCUGCUGCCCACACUGGCAACUCUACUGCCACUGGCGGCAACCCCCCUCCCGUCACCGCUGGCGCCUCUUUCCUGGCUCCCGCUGGUGCCCUCGUCAUGGCUGACGCAAUCGGUGUUGAGUAA